UCUUGCCCCCUUUAUGAUGUUAUGAUUGGUUCAUCGGACUAUCCGCGUCGGACCUCCGACACUAGGAGGGUCCCCUCGGUCUCUCGCGGUGCCGAUAUCCGGUGGCAAUCUCAAUAAAGAUCGAAGGCUUGCAUCUCAGGAAUCUGAGAAAAAGCCAUGUAUCUGCUACGUACGCAAGAUCCGAUACAUCAUGACGGUUGUGCCUGAGGCGACGGUCUCGCCGCCACAGCCCGAUGAUGUCGAAAAGGCAGCCAAGCCUGUAUCGUCAUUCGAUCCCAAUCUGGUGAGAUGGGAUGAAAAUGACCCUGAGAACCCACAAAACUUUCCCACGGCGUACAAAUGUUGGAUUACCUUCCAAUUGGGCAUGUUGGCCCUGAGUGCCAGUUUGGGAUCGAGUAUUAUAUCCCCUGCGCAGACGGAACUAGUCGAAUAUCUGGGGAUUAGUAAAGAGGUCAGUAUACUGGCCACGUCGCUGUAUAUUCUUGGCUUUGCAUUUGGGCCUCUAUGUUGGGCGCCUAUUUCAGAGAUAUGGGGGCGUCGCUGGUCGAUGCUCCCAGCCGUCUUUUGCCUGGGUCUGUUUAGCAUUGGCACCGCGACGAGCAAGAACACCGCUUCCGUGCUCAUCACACGGUAUUUUGCAGGCCUCUUUGGGUCUGCUCCUGUGAGUAAUGUUUCCGCAGCACUAGGGGACAUCUUCCACAUGAAAGCGCGGGGGAUCGCCUCGACCUCCUACGCCAUCUGUGUCGUCGGUGGGCCUACCAUGGGACCCAUCAUUGGGGCCGCGCUGGUUUCGCAUCCCUCCCUCGGCUGGCGCUGGACAGAAUACAUCGAAGCGAUCUUUGUGUUCUUUGUGUUCGCAGUCACCUUCUUUUGUCUGCCCGAAAUGUACGGGCCUGUUCUCCUGCAUAAGAAGGCGGUCCGCCUCCGCAAAGAGACCGGCAAUGCGGACCUAUACCAUCCGCACGAACACCUGAAGAUCGACGCGCACAGCAUCGUUACGAAACACUUUUCCCGACCCUUGGUCAUGCUCGUCACCGAGCCCAUGGUGACCGUGGUUGCUCUAUACGCCUCCUUUACCUACGCCCUCCUCUACCUCACCCUCGAGGUCUUCCCCAUCGUCUUCGACGACCUCCGCCACUGGAAGCCCGUAAUCGCCACCCUCCCCUUCAUCGCCCUCUUCGUCGGCGUCCUUCUCUCAUCUGCCUUCGUCAUCCUCGUCGGUCAACCCUACUACAUCCGCAAAUUCGACCAAGGCGGCGGCAAGCCUGUUCCCGAAGGUCGCCUCAUGCCCAUGGCCGUCGGCGGGUUCCUAUUCGCAGCGGGUCUCUUCUGGUUCGGCUGGACCGCCGCCCCGAAAUACCACUGGGCCCUCCCCUGCGUUGCCGCAGGCAUGUUCGGGUGCGGAUUCUCCAUCAUCUUCGGUCAGUGUAUCAAUUUCUUGGUGGAUACGUACGGUCCAUAUGCGGCGUCCGCCACGGCGUCGAAUACAUUCCUGCGGAGCGUGCUAGCGGCGGCGUUCCCGCUGUUCUCGCAACCCAUGUUCCGAAAUCUAGGCGUCGGGCCGGCCAUGUCGAUCCUGGGUGGAGUAGCGGCUUUGGCGAUCCCGGUGCCGUUCUUGUUCAUGGUGUAUGGAAAGCGGCUGCGGGCUUUGUCGAGGUUUGCGCCUUUCAGAGGGUGAUUCUCUUUGGUUGGGGAGUAGAGAGGACAGCGGGUGGAAGGUAG